CCUUCUUACCCUUUAUUAUCCUUAGUGUUUAUCUUUUUUUUUUAUACUACGGCGGCACCGGGUGUGGAGGCCGGAGAGGACUUGCCAGUGUGAGGAUGGAAGCGCAGCCUAUUUGGCUUAAUAAUAAUGAGUUGGAGAAGGGGAAAUCUUUGACUUUGUUCUAUAACUAUUACCGGAUAGAGGAGAAGAUUUCGACAUUUGAAUAUGGGAAGCAUGGGGAGGAGCAUGGCGAGGUUCAGCAUGUUUGCAGAUCUUUGACUCUGGAUGAAAUGAUUGAGCGUGCACUCUUGCAUGAUGACAAGGAUGAAUUUGUCCCUCUGAUAAACGAGAAUUAUGAAAGCACAAAAGACGUGCCGGGUUGGAUUUUGGAACAGAUGUUUGCAUUCGAUUCUUCGAAAUGUUUUGCUGCUGUGAUCAAUGGAGAAACUGGAACCAAAUUUUGUUUACGUAACCAUGAGUCGUUUUCGGGUUGUAGCAGACCUCCUCUUUUGCAUUUGGCAGCUUAUUUUUCAUCUGUUGGAAUAACUAAGUGGUUGCUGGCUAAUGGGGAUGCAGAGGGAGCAAAUUAUAUGUGUGAAAGUGAUUUUUAUCAUAUGAAGGAUAUGCUGCCAAUAGAUGUUGCCCUUUUAUCUGUAAGGAGUGGAAUACAAUUGAAUGGUUGGACUAGACAAGAAUCAAUUUUCAGUCUCUUCUUCGGUCUUUUGAGAGGCGAAAAGCGUAGAAGUAUGGAAGUCUUGAGAUUGCUUGCACAGCAUACAAAUGAGAUUAGGGAGCAAUUUUUCAAAUAUACUAAGCCAGGCAAACUUGUUGAUGUAGCUGCCCUUUUGUUAGUAGCUCAUCAAAAGCUUAUGCCUCUAAAUGUCACUAAGGAAAUGCAUGGCCUUCCUUUAGCUGGAGAACAGUCUGACAUCACAAAAUUUGUUGCAUGCAAGAUUUCAAGAAUAGAUAUUCUUCAAAAGAGAUCAUUGUACUCUGAUGUUGACAAUGAGCUCCUGCAAGAAUGGAAGGAUAUGAAGGCUCGUAUGAAGAUGAUCUUACUGUUGUUUAAGAUAUUUGAGAAUAUUGGUCAUUCUCUAAGCGCAUUUCUCCAGCUAGACCCAGAUCAGGAAGAAGCUAGAUUGGCAGCAAAACUUGCCUGGAUCUUCGAGCAAACAGGAUUGCAUGUAAAGGACCGAGAUAUCCAUGGUGUUUGCAGUACUGGUGCCUGUGCAAAUUUGACUCUUGUAAAUAAGAUAGUGUAUGCAAGAAGUAGGGGGUGUGGCAGUUGUAUGAAUUUUGGACACGAGGAGAAGAGGAGUUUGGAGGGCUUCAUAGUUGGUGUUCCUAAAAUUCAGCAACAAGCUUCCUGUAGUAUUCCUAUUGGACACUCAUCAUAUCAUACACUGACUUCUGUUGGAGCAAAAAAAGAAUCUGGAUCUGCUGGUCAACUGAAGAUUAUGUAUAGUGUAGCGCCAAAGGGCGGGUUCACCAAGUACUCUACUUUCCUUGUGAAAACCUUGAAAAGGGGAAUGCGGCACAUGUAGAUGCCCUUGCUGUAAUUGACAACAUUGCAGUUUUGACCUUUACCAUGCAGGGAAGGUUCCAGUUGGUUGUCUUGAAGCGAGUGAGCAUCUCUUUAACUGUUCUCUAGUACGUUAUUGAAGACUCAGUCCAAUGUGUUUUUGUCCGUCUGGAAUGGAACUGGGGAUUUCUUUUGGUCGUAGAGAGUGAAUUAUUGGACCAGACUCUUUAUGUCCUUGCCCUAUCAUCUUAUUUAUGUCUACUGAGUAACGUUGGUAUGCUGCCAAGAAGAUCCUCUACAUGCUGUAGUAUGAUAUCUAUGCUGUAGAGUGAAAGAGUACAAUCGGGAUCUUCUCUACUCUACUUGUAUUCCUGUAACACUUAUUCCGCUUUUCCUGAGAAGUACAAUAUUUUGUCACCUUUCUUCUCAAUUAAUACUAAGCACGAACGCAGCCUGUUGGCUCCAA